GCGACCCUCUCCGCGUUAGACUAUUGGAAGAUCAUUCUAUGUCACACCUUCACAGGUGUCUUUUCGCCUGCUCCGCCGAUAUAUUAAGGGUUUUUUUCGGUACCGGUCGAGUGCGAUUUUUCGGUUCCAAAUGUUAAGUGUUUGAAUCUGUGAUAGUUAACUUACGUCGUAUUCCUCGUUAUUUGUUCCUACCGCGACUUUCUCAAAUAUUCAUUGAAGUGACGCUUAAAAUUUUCGAUUUUUUACUUAAUUCUUUAAUUUAUAUCGGAAAAAAAAUUAACGGAAUUUGUGUUCAUAAAUCUGUGCUGGUUGGAAAAAGUAGAACUGUGCGCAUUCUUUCAAUGUAAUUUUCGAGAUUCACGCGUCACCUUUCACAUCUCAGUUCAUGGAAAGUUGUCACAUUUUGCACGAAAAAGACGACGGAGAAAUUUUUUACCACUCAUUGCUCUUAUGUGUUGUUUAAUGGCAUCCGAAAUUAAAUUGUUCAGGCCAUGGACCGCCUACUCUUACGAUUUACUGCAGCCACCCAAAUGUCAAAAGUCGAACAACUUUCAAACCGAUCUUUUGAUCGAGUCUCCUCAAAUGACCAGCGGUAACAUUACGACGACGGAUACCAAAGAAAGGCAGAUGUUCGACUCGAAACCAUCGGUAGCCUCACCGUCUAGCGUCUUCGAUGAAAAACGUCAGACGUGGUGCAGUCUAAAACGCGAGUUUCUCGAGAGGAGAUGUUCAGUGCCGAACAUAUCGAAAAACUUAGAUCAUGAAGCUGAUGAGUUGAAUCAUAAGGUGACGCUGGCCGGUCAAGUGUCGAACGAGAUGAAUGCAAUGAGCACUGAUAGCCGAACUUGUGAUAAUCGUUUUAAUGUUAGCCUGGAUUUCUUUCACGUGGAACCGCAAAGUCUAGAUCCGUUACGCACAAAGAGUCUGCCGAGUUUCAGUUCGAAUUAUUUCAACUACCCAAACUGCUAUGACCCGAGUUUAAUUGCUUACGGACUUAGUCCGGAGGAUGUAUUUGGCGUCCAAAACGAACUCUUGCAUUCUCACUCGACGGAUGCCUGGAGUAAUCUGGCCGAACUCUACAGUCAGGCUAAUCAAAAAAAAGUCAAACAGCGCCCAAAGAAAUUUCAGUGUCCUCAAUGCAAUGUUGCAUUCAGCAAUAAUGGUCAACUCAAGGGGCAUGUCCGAAUUCAUACAGGUGAACGACCAUUUAAAUGUGACGUAGAUGGGUGCGGAAAAAGUUUUACGAGGAAUGAAGAACUGACCCGACAUAAGAGGAUUCACUCAGGUCUGCGGCCGUUUAGUUGCGUACAUUGUGGUAAGAAGUUCGGACGUAAGGACCAUCUGAAAAAACACGUUCGGACGCACCUUCCUCAGCCGAGGUUUGCUGCUGAGCUAGUUCAUCUCUAUCCAUUUCUUUACGGAUACUGAAAAGUGUGAUUUUUCUCUACGUUCAUGAAAAUUCGCAAGAAUAGGAAAAUCCAAAACCUAGGUAUCAAAUAAAAUUGUCUAAUAAUUCUGACCCGCAAAAUCCUUUUGUGACGUAGGUAUGGGAUGGUGAAACUACCAAUCUACACUUAUAUACAUUUUGGAAAACCUGGAUUUUCAGGAGAGCAAAACACUGUUUUAAGUUCCUUAUCUACAUAUGAUGACAGAAAGAUGAAGACGAUUCUUGAAGACAUCAAUGAUAAUUUCCAUUUUUAAAAAAAAGUUAUCUGUUGUAAAGUAUCCCGAGUAGCACAGUGCAAUGAAAAUAUUGAAUUGAAAUUGCGAUCUUUAGCAAUUGAAAUGACAUUGUUUUACUAUGAAAUUGCAAUAUUACUACAUAAUUCGGUCAAUAUGUGUCGAUUUUGAACAGGCAACAAAAGGCGUUCGAUGUGGCAGAAUGAGAGGCAAUAUGCAGCGCAAUGAAAAAUUGCAACUCACUUGAAUUGUAUUGCAAUUUAUUUCAAUAAACCAGGUGCCUUCAACCGGUAUGUAGGCAAUAUACACAACGCUUCAACGCAAUAGCAAUGAUUUUACCGUGUAUUUAAAUGUAAUUUAUUGCAAUCUGUGCUACAUGGGAUGGAUGCAGAUGCCUUAGGGGAACGUGUUUUGGGAGUUAGGGUCCAACGUUUAUCUUAAGAUACCUAUUUAAAUUUAGAACGAAGGUUAUAAGACAAAUUUCUGCCUAAUAUUAAUCAAAUUAAGAUGAAGCAAAAAAACCUCCAAGAAUAGCAUUCCUACUUAUAUUUACCGUGUUCAAGCCUCUAAUAUCUCCAAAAUUCCUUUAUCGCUGUUUUGAGCUCUUAUUUUAAAUGAGUUGAUCAAGGAGUAUUCGCACAUUGCAUAGAGCACUAUAGAUGUGAAUAUGAAUCUAUCCCACCUACAGCCAAGUAAAUAGACUCUUAAGAGAAAAACUUUAUUACUACAAAUUACAACAAACUUUAUUAACCACAAAUAUUACGAUGAGAACGUUCAUAAAGUCUGAAAUCUACUCUUUGGCGCGUUAGUAACACGCUUUCCAAAUUGCUUGCGACCACUUCCUUUUUUAAAUGCCGGCAACCAGGUCUACCUAAAAAGACGCAUAAUAAAACCUAACCUAAAUAAAUUAUCAAUUUCGCAAAAGUUUUCCAGCAUAUGAUUUCUACCGUUUAAUGUCUGAUGAUAACUUUGUUUUGAAAAAACGAAAGCAUUGAAUCAAUUUAAAUCAUACGUUAGGAAAGUUUGCAAAUACUUGCGAGAUUCCUGUAUAUUAAAUUUUCUCGCAUUUUUCUCUGUUCUAAAACCCGAUUGCCGGCCGGUACGAAAAAUCUGCCCGCAGAGGCCGGAAAUUUGAAAAAGUGUGUCACAAACUGUGCAGAUUCCGCAAGUCGCACGGCUUCAAGCUUUUAUAGUGCAACUAUCGCGAUUUAAGAGCAAGAUUUUACUUCCGGAGGUUUUAUUUACUCGGCCGUAGGUACCUUUUGUGUGAACCAGGUCCAUUAGAGCCCGCGUGGGAAAAUUAUAAUGGAUGGCGUCAUUCAUUGACACGAUAUACCGGGUGCUCCAGAGCACUCGUUAACUGAGCACCCAUUCACUAUCUUUUUCUCGAGAACGGCCGAUAAUUGAGCUUCGACCCCAAAAAAUUCAAUGAAAAUAUUUUCAGCCCGCC